AUGGACGCCAAGACGCCUCAUCCGCUGCCUCUGAGCGCGGCCCAAAAGCAGAUCCGGGAUGAUGUCCCACUGGUCUGCGCAUGGGCGCUCGUCAACGCCUUCGCCAUCGCCGGCAGCCAAGCAUCCCUCUACAUAGCUGGCUACACCCACCUCGCGUGCAUCCAGAUCCAGUCAUCAUCCAUUCUGCCCUGCCUCUGGAUCGGGAUGCUGUGCUGCGCCGCAACCCAGUCGGCCGCGGCGGCGCUGGCGCUGCUGCUCCCAUGCCACCGCCGCCGGGCCCGCCGUGCCCUCGCCUACCUCGCGCUCGCGGUCACUGUCCUCUUCCAUUGCAUGUACGCCAUCCACUUCUGGAUCUCCCUCGCCGCCUACCCAGGAGGAUACAUCUUCGGCUGGAUCGUUUACACCGUGGUCAUCUGCUACAUGGUGGUGCGCGACCUGACCUGCCUGACCGACCUCCUUCGAGGUGAUGCAUGGUUGGGGCAAGCAGUAGUGUAG